GUGGUUCUAAGUGCGCACGCGCGAAAGCAGUCCGCUUCCGGUCAAAAUGGCGGCAGCCUUGAUGUGCGGACGCCGGGAGCUUCUGCGCCUACUGCGACCCCAGAGUCAGUUCCACAGCGUCGCAGGGCCCUCUCAGUCGCCCGGGAAAGCUUUAGCGGCUGCAUGCCGUAUCUUAACCCGUCUGAGGUGCGGACGACCGCACUACGUCCUCCUCGGUGUCUCCAGCCCCCGCUCCCUCAGUACCUCUGCCGUCUCCUUUGCAGAAGCCCAGGUCCAGGCUCCUCCUGUUGUUCCUGUAACUCCCUCACCCACAGUGGUACCUGAGGUGGCUUCUGGAGAAACUACAGAUGUAGUCCAAGCUGCUGCAGAACUGAGCUUCACGGAACUGGGGCUCGGGUCAUACACUCCAGUGGGACUAAUCCAGAACCUACUAGAAUUUAUGCACGUUGACCUGGGCCUCCCUUGGUGGGGAGCCAUCGCUGGAUGUACAGUCCUUGCCCGCUGCCUGGUUCUUCCUCUCAUUGUGAAGGGCCAGCGAGAGGCAGCCAAGAUCCACAACCAUGUGCCAGAGAUCCAGAAGUUUUCAGCUCGAAUCAGAGAGGCCAAGUUGGCAGGAGACAGUGCUGAGUUUUAUAGGGCCUCCAUGGAAAUGACAGCAUACCAGAAAAAGCAUGGUAUUAAAUUCUUCAAACCUCUCAUUCUACCACUGACUCAGGCCCCAAUCUUCAUCUCCUUCUUCAUUGCCUUGAGAGAGAUGGCCAACCUUCCUGUGCCAAGCAUGCAGACAGGUGGCCUUUGGUGGUUCCAGGAUCUCACCGUGUCCGACCCCAUGUUCAUAUUACCAGUGGCAGUCACUGCUACAAUGUGGGGUGUCCUUGAGCUAGGUGCUGAGACGGGUAUGCAAAGUUCUGACUUGCAGUGGAUGAGAAAUGUUUUCAGAGUGAUGCCUCUAGUAGUCUUGCCUGUAACCAUCCACUUUCCCACGGGAGUGUUUGUGUACUGGCUCUCCUCCAAUCUGUUUUCCCUGGCCCAAGUGUCCUGCCUCCGGAUUCCAGCUGUGCGCACUGUCCUUAAAAUCCCCCCACGGGUUGUACAUUGCCCUGACAAAUUACCUUCACGGGAAGGCUUCAUCAAGAGCCUCAAAAAAGGCUGGAAGAAUGCUGAGAUUGCACAUCAGCUCCAUGAGCGUGAGCAACGUAUGCAGAAUCACUUGGAGCUAGCAGCCAGGGGUCCCUUAAGACAGACCUUUACCCACAACCCUCUGCUACAGCAGGGAAAAGAUCCCAACACUCCCAACAGUGGCAGCGGCGGUGACAAACCAAAGUCAAAGCAACCAUGGCGUGACACGCUUGGCUGACUCAUGUUCUCUGCUCAUCCUGGCAGGAACUGUCUCUUGAAAGACCCAUCCUCAAAAAAGACUUGAUACCAUGUCCUUGGGAUAUGGAGACGUUCGUUUUAAAAACUGGUUCCACUGGGGAGCCAAGUGAUCUUUCCAUCCACAGGGUCAGUAAACCUCUGUACUACAGGCUGCUUCCAGUACUUAUUAAACAGAGAAAUGGAUUGUGUGCUCCAAAACAAUGAA